UACUGUUUUGGAACUGCUCCUCCUUGAUUUCAAGAAUAAACAGAUAAAGACAAAUUCUUCUGACUUCAGACAUUCAAUCAUAGAAAAUUCCACCACAAACUUGACGUCACGAACAAGAUUCCACGAGUGAUCGUCGGGAGCGACGCGGACGGGGACUGAUCAUCCCAAACAAAGGUGUUUGGCCUCCAAAACCUCAACAUUUUCAAAGAGAGGGGAGGACCGGCCGUUGCGCCCCCGAUUGUCUCCGCUGGAAUUUUGACCUGUUAUGACAUCUUCAAAAUCAUCAAAAGUUAAACGGUGAGAAAUAUUCAUAACUUUUUAAAUUUGGAAUUUGGUACAGACCGGUCAGGCUUGACACCAUAGGCGUUUUCCUCACUUCCUUUACUGGUUGUGGAAAAAAUUCGAACCAGACUCUUCCCGGGGAAGAAUUCCUUUAUUCUUGUUGUGGAAAGAACGAACCAGACCUUACAGAGACGUCUGUAUUGAAAAUCAGUGCACUGCCCAUCAAAGUAAGGAUGGGAAAGAAAAGUAAACAGGUUGGACCUGUUGAGGGUCCUAUAGUGGACCAGAUGAGGAAGAGAUAUGGUGAAGAGAGCCUGGACUGUUUGCAUGUUUGGUCAGAAAAGUUUGGUUUUCCUGUAAACGGAUCCUUUAGGACAAACCAGCUGAGUCAGUUAAGAGAGAAAUUGAUGGAACAAGAAAGUGAUUUAAGAGGGAAAAAGAAAGUGAAUAUGAAAGAUUUAGAAAUGGUUGAAAAACACAGGAAAUGUUUUGAGUUGUGGAACAAAGAGUCUGACCGUAGGGAGAGAUCCAGACUUCAGAAGGUAUUGAAAAGUGAACCAGAAAAAUGUCAGGAUGAAGAGAUAGGGAAAUGUCCACCAUACAUGCCGGCGCACACGCACUCGCACAUGUCUUCUGCUUUGUACCCACAGUUGAGUGCCACGAGGCUGCGCUCGGACCUGGAUUUCCUGCCCUCCUGCCCUCCUUCAGCUCCACGACCAGACCACACACAAAGCCAACGACAACCCCCACCGCUGAGAGAGGCCCUUCUUCAGCCACAGAAAGAGGAACUCUCUUCUCCAACUAACCGCACCCGAUCGGGCCAGAUGUAUGGACAGGGGAAGUCAACUUCUGUCCAGGCAGCCGACUCCACCACGCCUGUCAACCGCCGCGCAGAAAACACACCACUGCCUCCGGACUCAGACGAUGAACUAAGUGCCUUUCCAGUACAGAACUACCCCAUGGUGGAGGUCGCGGGACAUGACGGCCCGACCAUGGUUUUUCGCCCGUGGACUGUGUCAGACGUUAGGGAAGCUAGUUCACACCUCCCAGACGUUACUACCUCGGGAGAAGCCUUUGCUGAGGCAUUGAUUGUGUUCUGUAGGGAGUUCAGACCCACUUUAACUGAACUCAGGCGCCUGUUAGGGACAAAAAUGAAGGCAACAGACUUUGCAAAGAUCUCCAACAUCCUUGUGGGUGAUGACAUCAGGUGUGCUCACAUUGAAUAUGGACAUGCGGACAAUCCACAGUAUGCGAGAAAAGUCACUGACAUCGCUACUGUCAUAAAGACAGCUUUUCCAACUCGACUGAACAUGUCAGCAAUAGCAGCAUGUAAACAGAGACCUGAUGAAGGUACAGACGACUACCUGCACCGCCUCACAGAAGUUUUCACCACCCACAGCGGCAUUGCUCGACCCAACAACACCGACCAGAUGACACCCUGGGAAACCCAUCUCUGUUCUGCUUUUCUGAAUGGACUGUUACCAGAGAUCGCUGCUGCCAUCAAACUCUCCUGUGUCUGUUAUGAGGAAGCCCGCUCGGAUGAACUACGACGACACAGCUGACAUAACCAAGCUCAGCUGAUGGCCAAGAAACAACAGAGGACCAUUAAAGCUGAGAAGGAACUUCAUCAAGCCACACUGACUCUUCUUCAAACUGCAUCCCAGCAACAUGGAGGCAAAGGCGGCUUCAACAAGAAGGGCAGGAAGGGAGAACAAGGGCGCGGUAAAGGAGACAACAAGGGUCGGCAUUUCCACAAAGACCCUGAUGCCUGUUUCAAGUGUGGGGAAAAAGGACACUGGGCAAGGGACUGUCCUAAUAAGAGGGGGGAGAAGAAUGAGUUUUCCCACCGGAAGAACAGCUUUCAUUCAUCCGAUUGACUAAGAGGGCAGGAGACGGGAGCUGAGCGCAGACCACUGGCCUCAACGCAGCAUGAAAAAGAUUUCUACACAGGUAAAAGACGCAUUGCCCCAGCCAGCUGAAGGUACUCUACACAACCUUAAGCCAGGUGAUUGGAUCGUGGUGAAAGAUCUGCGCAGGAAGAACUGGAGAUCGAAGAGGUGGUUAGGACCGUUCCAGAUCCUGCUAACUACACACACUGCUGUAAAGACGGCUGAAAGAGCGACCUGGAUCCACGCCAAUCACUGCAGAAAGGUUCCUGAGCCUCCCGAGUAACCACACACCUGCCACACACUUACACGGCAGGGCUGCGCUGACUCAUCACAGUUCUAGAGUGUACGAAGAACGCUGCUCUGAACUGCUCCGGCGAAAUACAUAAUGCACAUACACGUUCCAGAGAAUACAUCCACAUCUGUUGUCACCAAGCAACCUCCAAGGGACAACGUGGGACCGCCGACCACCAUGAGAACAUCCUGCAACCGUUCCAGAUUAGGUACCAUGAUGGGGCUGGCCUUGAUCCUCACUCUGAUCCUAUCUCCACUGGUGGUAUCUCACUCAUCGUACAGUAUAUCAGAUGGUGAGACUCCCAAGGGAACAGACUGAUCAGCGCGUGGCGAUAUAUGGCCCGACCAACAUAACAGAAGGAGAUUGUCCUGUGACACUCAUGUCUAGCCAGAAUUGAGACUGUUCGAUAUCUAAGAGUAGUAAAAAAUACUCGCAACAUUGCUUAUGUUUGUACAUACCCACCCGCCUUGACUAAAAGCUUUCAGAACUACAGACGUACUGUACGUGGGGGGAGUUUAGGGACAACCAUGAAAUUCACAAUGUAUUUUCCCCGGUUAGGAUGGCUGAGUCUGGCUGAUGAUUGUUAAGGCCAUUGACAGAUCUGUUAACACCCAGUUCCUCAAUCUUGUGGCUACAGACCGCAACCCCACUCAUGCUCCUCUGCCGACUGACCUUUGGAGGCCCUGGGCAAGUCCAUCUGAUUUUGAUUUUGGUUCUGAUUCCAACUCUGAUGAUGCCUCGGUCAUAGUCUAAUUUGUUUUUGAUCAUGAUUGUGUCACAUUCUGAUUUGUUGGAACGUUUGCCUAUUGGUGCUUGGACAUUUUGCCCUUCUGAAUUGCGAUAUUUGCAUUUUGGCCCGUAUGAAAAUGUUGAUAUUACAUUACAUACUGUAUCCUCUGAUGACACUUACAUUUCUUUGUCUCCUGAUAGCUCAGAUUUUCCCUUGUCUCCUACAAUUUGGGUAGUACAUUAUCAGGCUAGAGUACGUGCUCUCAUCAGUUUAUCACGACCAACUUUUAUUUGGAAUAUGAUUAUAAUAGGUGACUGUCCUUUUAUUUCCAUUUUUGUUGGACACCUUUGUGUCUUCUCUGCCCUUCCGGGUAGAUGGUAAAAAAUUGUUCUGUAUAUUUUUCUGCUUGCUCAAACACUCAGAGACGUCUAUGUCUCGCAAAACCAGCUUUUGCUUAUUCUACUGGUUAAUGAUGAAGUGUUUUCAACUGUAACAAGGGUAACACAUUUGAUGUAUUCCAUGUAGUUGUAUUUUCUUUGUUUUAUAUAAUUUUUAUGUUGAUCAAGGGUUUGAUCAAAAGGGGGGAAUUGUAAUAGAAAAUUACUAUUCUUUAAGAUGUCUAUAAUAUUCUUUGGCCUAGAACAAUUAUUGCUGAGGUUUUAACUUCUGUAAAAAUGGCAUAACC